UCUCUCAGGUUUUCCUCCUCCCGCGGUCUUCCCAGCUGGAGGAGAGGUCGGAGGCCAGCGCCUCUGACCGACUGGCGCCGGUGCAUCUGGGCUCUCCCUACCGGGCGCGCCGGGAAAACGCGCCGCCCCUGGGGCUUCCAACUCCAGUCACAAUUCGGAGCCUUCGCAGAGCCACUCGCACGAUGGAAGUUAUAUGACAUAGAAUAUUUGGGGUGACAUCUUGAAAGAUCUUCAAGAAUUACAGAAGACAAAAAACACUAAUGCAUUUGAGAAAGUGCUAAAGUUUGGGGGGAGGGGAAAAAAACUGCUUUCCUGAUCUGCAACUUGGCUGGAUGCUAAGAUGUCUGUGGACAUGAAUAGCCAGGGGUCUGACAGCAAUGAAGAGGACUAUGACCCAAAUUGUGAGGAAGAAGAAGAGGAUGAAGAUCCUGGGGACAUAGAGGACUAUUACGUGGGAGUAGCCAGCGAUGUGGAGCAGCAGGGGGCUGAUGCCUUUGAUCCUGAGGAGUACCAGUUCACCUGCUUGACCUACAAGGAGUCCGAGGGUGCCCUCAAUGAGCACAUGACCAGCUUAGCCUCUGUUCUAAAGGUAUCUCAUUCCGUUGCUAAACUUAUAUUAGUUAAUUUCCACUGGCAAGUUGCAGAGAUAUUGGACAGAUACAAGUCUAAUUCUGCUCAGCUGCUUGUUGAGGCUCGAGUUCAGCCCAGUCCCUCAAAACAUGUUCCCACAGCCCACCCCCCUCACCACUGCGCAGUGUGUAUGCAGUUUGUGCGGAAGGAAAACCUACUUUCUCUGGCCUGUCAGCACCAGUUUUGCCGUAGCUGCUGGGAGCAGCACUGCUCAGUACUUGUCAAGGACGGCGUGGGUGUGGGAGUUUCUUGCAUGGCUCAGGACUGCCCACUCCGAACACCAGAGGACUUUGUGUUUCCAUUGCUGCCCAAUGAAGAAUUGAGAGAUAAAUACAGGCGCUACCUCUUUAGGGACUAUGUGGAGAGUCAUUAUCAGCUCCAGCUGUGCCCUGGUGCAGACUGCCCCAUGGUUAUUCGGGUACAGGAGCCUAGAGCUCGCCGAGUACAGUGCAAUCGGUGCAACGAGGUCUUCUGUUUCAAGUGUCGUCAGAUGUAUCACGCCCCCACAGACUGCGCCACAAUCCGGAAAUGGCUCACGAAAUGUGCAGAUGACUCCGAAACAGCUAACUACAUUAGUGCUCACACUAAAGAUUGUCCCAAGUGUAACAUCUGCAUUGAGAAGAAUGGAGGCUGCAAUCAUAUGCAAUGCUCCAAGUGUAAACACGACUUCUGCUGGAUGUGUCUAGGAGAUUGGAAGACCCACGGCAGCGAGUACUAUGAAUGCAGUCGGUACAAGGAGAAUCCUGACAUUGUCAACCAGAGCCAGCAAGCCCAGGCCAGGGAGGCCCUUAAGAAGUACUUGUUUUACUUUGAGAGGUGGGAAAACCACAAUAAGAGCUUACAGCUAGAGGCGCAGACAUACCAGCGGAUUCAUGAGAAGAUUCAGGAGAGGGUCAUGAAUAAUCUGGGGACAUGGAUCGACUGGCAGUACCUACAGAAUGCUGCCAAGCUCUUGGCCAAGUGCCGAUAUACCCUGCAGUACACUUACCCCUACGCGUACUACAUGGAGUCUGGACCCAGGAAGAAACUGUUUGAAUACCAGCAGGCUCAGCUGGAGGCUGAGAUCGAAAACCUGUCAUGGAAAGUGGAGCGCGCAGACAGCUAUGACAGAGGGGACUUAGAGAACCAGAUGCACAUAGCAGAGCAGCGGAGGAGAACCCUGCUGAAGGAUUUCCAUGACACCUAGGUGGGACAUGGGCGUGCCAGAGUGCGGAAGAUGUGGCCGUGAGGCCUCCGGGCUGCCACUGCAUGCUGCAGGCUCUGCCUUUCACAACCCCAGGCAACAGCCAGGGCCCCGCUCCUGAGAGACACUGGCCGCACACCUCUUAGUCCACUUCCGUUUUCUUCUCCUCUUUUUGCUUUUUGUUUUUACCAGGGUAGAGGCCAUGUUGAAUUGGCCUCUUUUCAGGACUUUUAAUUCCCCCUGGAUGGUUGUUGGGAGGGAGGGAAAGUUUUUUCUGAAUGACUAUUAAUAGUACUAGAUCAUUACAACUUAUGUAAUUUUCAAAGGUUGUAUAAUUAUAAAAAAAAAAACAUAGAAUUACACAAAACCCUUUUUAAAAAUAAAUUGGCAAUGGAGUGUUUUACCCUCUAGCUAUUUUACUUAGAAUGCAACAUGUACUGCCUCCACCCCCCUGCCUCAGAAGGUCUACUGCAAGAGGGCCCCAGGGUGGUCUCUGUUUUCCAGAUUCUCGUGUUUGGCCACAGUAGGUGUCCCAAGGGAAGAGUGUGGGUGACAGAUGGUGGGGAAUGGAGUUGGCCUAUGUAAUGGCUCUAUGAAUGGAGCACAGAGAAUCACAUCAUGCCUCCUGCCUGGUCCUUAGAGACCUUUUAGUGGUCUGGUGCACCUGCCUCACCUUGCAGUGAGGAGAUAAUACAAAAAAGGGCCUUGUCACAGGGUAUCAUUGUCUGAUGGCACUGUGUGUCUGUGGGCCCAUCUUUCUUCCAGGUUUACCUGGGUCUGGCUACUAAGGCCAGAGCCCACAGCAGAGCAUAGGUGAUCUUGUAGCUCUCCAGACCAGGGAUUUGAGUUCAGCACAGUGUUUCAUUUUGUCUCCUAAAGAUAGAGAUCUACUUUUAAAGGGAAUUAUCCCCCAGAUAAAUUUGUUUUACCUUG